AAAUAACUGCAUCGAAUGCAAAAUACAUUACAAAAUAUUGGUUAAUCAGUAUGGAGAUAUUUUUUCUUCUGAUUUCAUGCCUGCUGAUGUUUACAAAUCAUCACCAUCGAUUCUGUUCAGAAGCAGCAACAUCUAAUCUGGAAUACCCAUAUCCAUUUAUAACAGCAGAUGCUCAAAAGGCAGCUGGAAGGUCAUACGAUUACAUCGUGGUUGGAGGAGGUACAGCUGGGUGUCCUCUAGCAGCAACUCUCUCACAGCACUACUCUGUUUUGCUAUUGGAGAGGGGAGACUCUCCUUACGGAAAUCAUGUUGUGGAGGAUUUCAAAAGCUUCUACAAACUAAUCGGGGGUUCUACAAAUUAUCCGUAUGUAGCGGAGGGGUUCGUCUCAGAAGAUGGAGUGCAGUUGCUAAGGGCGAGAGUUCUAGGAGGGGGAACAUCUAUCAAUGGUGGAUUCUACAGCAGAGCGAGCACUGAAUAUGUUCGGAAAAUGAAGUGGGAUGAGAAACUUGUAAAUGAGUCGUAUGAAUGGGUAGAAAAAUUGAAUGCCUUCGAACAAUACAAGCUCUUCACUUGGAAUUCUGCUAUCAAAGACGGGCUUCUUGAAGCAGAAGUUCUUCCUUACAAUGGAUAUACUUUAGAAAAUUUGGAGGGGACCAAGAUCGGUGGCUCAAUUUUUGACAAGAACGGAAAGAGACACACAGCUGCAGAUCUUCUCCAGUAUGCAAAUCCAGAAAAUAUUGUAGUUCUUCUGAAUGCUACUGCUAGCAGAAUCCGCUUCAAUUUGGAAUCAGGAAAGCUUAAGGCUAGUGGAGUGGAGUUCACAAGCAGUAAUGAUGGUCUACAUUAUCAAGUAUUACUUAACCAAUUGUCAAUCAAUAGUGAAGUCAUUUUGUCAGCUGGAAGCAUAGGUAGCACCCAACUUCUUCUCUUAAGUGGAAUUGGUCCAAGAAAACAACUUAAAAAAAUGAAUAUUACUGUUCUUUUAGAUUUCCCUUCAGUAGGGAAAGAAGUGCAAGAUAAUCCUGGUGUAAGCUUUACUAUAGAAUCCGCAAAACCACUUGAAACUUCAUAUGGACAAGUAGUGGGCAUUCUAGAUAAUUCGCAACUCUACAUUGAAGCUGGUAGCUUUAUCCAACAAAAUAAUGUCACAAAUACACAAUAUUUGGGCCUUCUUGUAAGUAAGUUGGGAUUUCCCUUAUCAAGGGGUGAGCUUUGGCAUAAAAGCAUAGACCCUCAAGAUAAUCCCUAUGUCCGUUAUAAUUACUAUUCAAACCCUUUAGAUUUACAAAAAUGUAUGUUUGGUAUGAAAGUAUUGGUUAAUGUAAGUAUGACACCUUCUAUUCAAGAAUUCGCAUUUACGGAUAAUGAAUAUUCUAAAACACUUCGAUUCCUUGGGACAACACUACCAAAGAAUCAAUCAAGUGAUGAUGCAUUGGCAAAGCUUUGCAAGGAUGCACUAGUGUCAUUUUACCAUUUUCAUGGAGGUUGUCAAACUGGUUUGGUGGUUGAUGAAAGAUAUCUAGUGAAAGGUGUUGAUAAUCUUAGAGUUGUGGAUGGUUCAAUUUUUAAGGAUUCCCCUGGUACCAAUCCACAAGCCACUACCAUGAUGCUUGGAAGGUAUAUGGGAAUUCACAUCCUUAAAGAGCGUUCAAACUCUUAAGUAUAUUCCAAGACCAUGCGGAAAUCAUUUCCACACUUAUUGUAUUUCAAUUUAGCAAUCAUAGAG